GUUCUUUCUCGAGGCUGAAAAAAUACAACACACACAAAUAUAAUGUGUGCUUAAAGCAAAAGGGGAACCAGAAAGAAAGAAGACAAAUUAAAAUGGCUAUAAAUAUAAAAAAAUACAUUCUUUUCUGAUGGAAGAUUUUUUUCGCGUUCAUUUUGUUUUGCAGAGGCAAAGCGGGGAUUAAAUAGAUCGCGUGCCUGGUGUUUUUUAUAUGUGUACAUACAGACACAAGGUACAAUAUAUAUUUAAAUAUGGGAAGGAUGUUUUAGAAAGAGGGAGUUCGUGUGUGGAUUUCAAAAGGCGGCCGGCGGCGGAGCAGCGAGCAUGGAAUAAAACUGAAGGGCAACAUUUGUAUCGGAUCGGAAGGGAGAAUUGAUACAAAAAGGUUCGAUUUUGGAACGUCGCAGGCGCCGGGAUUCUAAUUUCGGAACGUCGAGUUGUCACUCCCGGAGCAAAAGUCUCAACCUUGCAAAGGUGGAAGAUAAAUUUACACGCCGGCUCGGAAAAUCGUUGGAGGUUUUUUUUCCCCUCGUUGUUUUAUUAUUUUUUUCUUUUUCAUGCUGAAUGUUUUGAGUAAAAUAGCGCCGCUCGGUGAAGAUGGGGGACGCUUAUGACCCAGAGCACCCGACCGAGGCUCUUCCCUCUCCUCGCCCUCCAUCACCCACAAGGGAAGGAUGGACCGAACUUCAGAUGUCACCUGGACUAUCGAUGCCUCUCCAAGUUCAGUCCACGGGAGACGUGCUUGCGAUAGGAGAAGACGAGAAUGCAGUCAAAGCAGAGAAUCCAUCAGUAUUGAAUUUUCUCAAGGGUCAAGCGUCAAAAGGCUGUAGUCGCUUUCUACCGAAGGGCACCAAGGCAAAGGUCAACCUUGAGGACCAGGGACGUCAGAAAGUGUCUUUUACCUUCAAUGUAACAAAGACCUUGCGGAACAGGUUCCAAAGUGCCAUUGGGUCUGAGCUAGACGAGGUCAAGACUCCACCUCCAGCAUUGCCACUGAUUCCCGUGAAAGGGAGCCAGGAGAAUAAAAGUGAUUCAGAUACAGCCGAUGCUCCAGAGGCAGCAAAAUCGCCACCUCCCAAAUCAAAGGUUGAGUGGAGCAAGGUGCACUUCAAGAAGAAGCAUCUGAACGAUGCAGCCAAACCUCUGAGUUUGUCAGACAGGGAACAGUGUAGCUCAUCAGUGGAGGAACCUGUGGAUGUAGCCAUCAAGAAACUUUCUGCAGGAGGAACUGAAACUGUGAUAAAGGUGGCUGUUGAAAUGAAACCGUCAAAUCAGAAUCUUGGUACGUCCCAUGUUGGGAAAGGUGAUAACAUAGAAGAGUUCAAGAAUGUCUCCUCGUCUUCUGAAAAUGAUGAGCUUAGGAAACUUACUCGGGCAGAAGAAGUUGUGCAAGCGCUAUCGGCUGACUCUGAGUCAGAGAUGGACUUAGUAAGGAAAUCACCUAGUUUGAAGUCGCAUGACACGAAAAAUGUUGAAUCCAUUCGAGAAGUUAAGAAACAUCCAACAGCUUCCAGAACCGAUGAGGUGGAAAAGGUUUCUUCCCAUUCCAAAUCUGAACGAGAUAGAAGGAGCAGUGGUCGUUCUAAAUCUGAUCGAGAUACAAGGAGGACUUCAUCCCACUCAAAGUAUGGAAGGGAGGAAAGACUCAGUUCAUCUCGAUCUCGUUCUGAUAGAGAUCCAAGGGCACCUUCUUCAUACUCAAAGUCAGACUGGUCAAGGAGCUCUUAUUAUUCUGAUAAAGACAGAUAUCGUAGAAGUUCUCCUUACUCAGAAAGGAGCAAAUCUUCCCGUAGUAAACCUUGUGCUGACUUAAGAGAUGCUUCUUCUUGUUCUGAUUCUGAAGAAGAUUCUAGGAGAUAUCAUCCUAGGUCAAAUGACUUAAGAAGGACUUCAUUGCGUUCUAAAUCCUAUAGAGAUUUAAGGAAAUACCAGUCACGGUCAGAUAGAGAUCUGAGAGCAACUUCAUCCUGCUCUGAAUCAGAAAGAGAAACCAGAAGGACUAAAUCUCAUUCUAAAUCAGAUAAAAUAUCCAGGAUACCAGCUUCUUGUUUUGAAUCAGAAAGCUCUAAAAUUAAUUCGUCUGAAGUAGGUCUAGAUUCUAGAAAAUUGUCCAAAUCUGACUGUCAUUCAAAAAUAUCUUCUUGUCAUUCAAAAUCAUCAACUUCCUGUCAUAAACCUGAGGCAGCCAGAACUAACUUGUCUGAUCUAGAAUUAGAUUGCGGGAAAAUCUCCAAAUCUGAUGGUCAUUCGAGGAUGACUUUAUCUCAUUCCAAAUCUGUAAUCUCUUGCCAUGAGGUUUCGUUAAAGAAGAACUCUCCAGGACCAGAAAUGGACUUGAGGAAAUGUUCUAAGCUGGACAGUAACUCAAAGACAGUUCCAUCUCAUUCCAAGACACCCACUUAUUGUGGAAUAGAAGCAACUCAGGGUGAUUCCCCAGAAUUAGAAUCUGAUUCUAGGAGAAAUCUCAAGCCAGAUAUUAAUUCACGGAUAUCCCCACAGAAUUCUAAAUCAACUAAUUGUCAUCAAAUGGAGGUAGCUAGAAUGGACUCCUUUGAACCAGAAUUGGAUUCGUGGGCUAACAGUACAUCAGACAAGAAUGUAAUGGUGACACAAUCUCGUACUAAAUCAAAUACUUUUUGUGAGAUGGAAGUAGUUAAAAUGGAUCCUGUGGAAGCAGAACUGGAUUCGUGGACUAACAGUAGGUCAGAUAAGAACUCAAUAGUAACCCCAUCUCACUCCAAGUCAUAUCCUUGCUUUGAAAUGAAAUUAACUAAAGUAGACUCUUCUGAACCAGAAACAGAAUUAGACCCUUGGGAAAACAGUAGAUUGGAUCGGAAGUCAAGAAUAAAUGUUUCGAGUUCCAGAUCCCAUAAGAUGAGGACUUUACCAGUUUUUCCAUCUGACAGAGAAUUAAGAAGGACUUCAUGCUCUGAGUCAGAGGAUGAAUUGAGAGAGGUUUCUAAACUGCACAACUCUGGAACGAUACAAAAUGUUUUUAGAUCAGAUGAUAUUUGUUUGUCACUUGAUCACCAAUCAAACAGUUACGUAAGCACCUCACCAUAUCCCACAUCAGAUUUAUCAAGGACAUGCUGCCUCUCCAGACCCUCUGAAAUAGCUAAUUCUUCACCUGGUUCUAAAUUAGAUGGACCUUUGGCAAAAGUUUCAUCUUGUUCAGAAUCAGAUGAAGAACAUAAAGUUUUAUCUCAAUGUGAGGCUAGUUUGAUGGUUUCAUCUCAUGACUUACCAAAUGACUUGCAGUCCCCACCUCAUUUCACAGCUAAUACCUUGAAAACUUCAUCUUAUCCCAGCCCAGAUGAGGUUAAGUACUUGGCCUACCAAAAAGUGGAGGAAUUCAACACUUCACACUACACCAAGAGGGAACAGAUUUUGGCCUAUCCCAAAUGGGGUGAGUUCACGACUGUGUCCCGCUCAAAUUUAAAUGAAAUGAUGACCAUUUCAGCUGACCCUGAAAGUUGCAUGAGAGAUGUAAAGCUCACGGGCAAAGAGUCAACAGAAAAUAGGGCUGUAGAUAGUCGGAAGGAACAACACACCAAUGAAGGAGGUGGGUCUGAACUGAAGAAUGAUAAACUAUUUCACAAUGCAAAUAGCUUUAGCAGUUGCAAAAUUAAACAGAAUGCAAUGCCUAGCAACCAGAAUUGGGACUCAGUUGAGAAAGUUAGAUUGUACAUGGAUUUGCCAAGUCACCUUAAUUCUGAAGCUAAGGAGUCUGCAGCAGUGAAGACUGAAAUUCCAUCAUCAAAUAAUGAAGAAACCUCUUUCAUUGCCAAACCAGAUAGUUCUGUUAAAGUGGAGCCAGAGCAGUCAAUGGAAGCUUCUGAAGAUGAGGAAGGAAGUGAUGAAGAGUUAACAAUGGAGGUGGUCACAGAAGGUCCACUGACUUUGAGUCCUGCUGACCUUACAAGCUCAAAUGAAGUGGAACACAAUUUACUGGAUUAUAGAACCAAGUCUGACUGUGACAGUAGCUGUAUGAAGGUCGAAUACAACAGUGUGAGCUCUGAAAAUGGAGACUGUUCAGAGGAUGCUAAGAGCAGUAGUGAACAGGAGAGUGAAGAAAGUGAAACGAGCUCGGAUUCUGAUGACGGUAGUGUCCCCAGGAACCGCUUGCAGUCUGUUGUGAUAGUCCCAAAGAAUUCUACCCUGACUUUGGAGGAGAAGAGUCUAAUGUCUUCUCCUUCAUCUUCUAUAUCAUCUUCUAGAAUAAAUCAGCCAGAAAAGAAACAUUCAGGUGUUGAAGGCAGCAAGCGAGAAACAGAUGAGAAACCCAGUGAGGUACCUCAGCCAAAUGGUGUUGAACUUGGAAAUAUCCCCCAGGAAAUGGUUGGUGACCCUGGUCAAGGUGGUGAAGUAGUUCAGGGUAGCCACUCUUCCUUCCCAAAAGUAUCAGAGCACCAACCACAAGCUUCAUCAAGUCAGUUUUCACCUGUUAGUGAGAGUCACAAGAGCUGCAAGCAGCAGUUGUUGACUGACAAGGCAGAUAGCACCAGUCAGCCCGAGAGGUUUUCUAUUGACCAAAAUCAGCUCCCUCUGUCAAUCGAGAAAUCUGGCUCAGUGGAAUCACCAGGUUCAGAUGGAAUGGCAGAAAGGCACCAGCAUUCACCUAGCAGCCACUUGGACAGUCUGACAGCAGAACAGAACAGUGCUCAGUCAUUUCAUGGGGAAGAGAAAAACUUUGCAGAAAAGCCAGACAGCAGACAGGCUGCCCCUUGGCCUCAGCAGCAGGCCCAAGAUCAGGGAUCUUUUCACAGCCCAGAGUAUUUGGAAAGCCUUGACUGGGACUUCUCUCAGCCAGAAAAACCUAGUAGCAGUUGUCAGCAGCCAGAUAGCAGCUAUGGGCUAUACCGGAAGUAUAGCUAUCAAACAGAGGAAGCAGAUUUGGGCAACAAGAGUGAUUACUGGCAAGGUAACAGAGCCAGUUGUUGGGAUCCCAGACUAAGUGCUAAAUCAGUCACGUACAAUAACUACCAGUUGGGUCAAGACAUUUCUGGCUCGGAUGUUCAAGGACAGGUACAACCCGAUUCGAUGACCGAUGACUUUGCAAGCUACGACAACUGGGAAACAGUCAACCGUGACCCGCGAUCUGUUCCCAAAGGUGUGAGCUCUCUGCAGGCUCAUGAAAUAACCAGCAAUUCUAAUAAGGGGACCACUCUGGUACUGAAGGCCAGCGACUCUACAGCAGAUAAAGAGUCAAGGGUCAAAGAGCUAGAGAAGAAGUCGGACGAUGAACAAGGGGACUCCCAGAAGCCACAGGUGGAGGAGGCAGACACUGAUUUGGAAAGUGAUGCUGACACACGGUAUUGCGAGCAAGUCCAUGCUGAGCCUGAUCCAUUGGUCACAAUGCCACCCAAAGAAUGGGUCACUCUUGUGUGCAAAAUGGAAGAAUUCAAAAACUCUCAGUGGUGGAAGGAGCAAUCAAAAUUGGGAAUGAUGCCACCUUACUUUGAAUUAAUUGAAGAAAACUUGUACCUGACAGAGAGGAAGAAAAGCAAGUCUCACCGAGAUAUCAAGCGUAUGCAGUGUGAAUGUGUGCUGUCACGAGAGGAUCGGGAAAGAGGAGAGCUGGCAUGUGGUGAAGAUUGCCUCAAUCGGUUACUUAUGAUUGAAUGUUCAUCAAGAUGCCUGCAUGGAGAGUACUGUACUAACCGGAGGUUUCAAAGGCGGCAGUAUGCAGAUGUAGAAGUCAUCCUGACUGAGAGAAAAGGCUGGGGCCUCCGAGCAGAUAAGGAAUUAUCAGUGAAUAGCUUUGUGCUGGAGUACUGUGGGGAAGUGCUGGACCACAAGGAAUUCAAAACCAGAGUUAAGGAGUAUGCCCGGAAUAAGAACAUCCAUUACUACUUCAUGGCACUGAAAAACGAUGAGAUCAUUGAUGCAACUCUGAAAGGAAAUUGUUCUCGUUUCAUGAACCACAGCUGUGAACCCAAUUGUGAAACCCAGAAGUGGACAGUGAAUGGACAACUGCGGGUCGGAUUUUUCACAACCAAGACAGUUCCGGCUGGAACGGAGCUAACCUUUGAUUACCAGUUUCAGAGAUAUGGGAAGGAAGCUCAGAAGUGUUUCUGUGGAUCAGCAAACUGCCGUGGGUACUUGGGUGGUGAAAACCGGGUCAGCAUUCGGGCAGCCGGAGGGAAGGUCAAGCUAAAGGACAAGGAUCGGUCCCGGAAGAAAGACUCGGUGGAUGAAGAACUGGAGGCCUUCCUAGAAAAUGGUGACGGCCUGUGUGAUUCAGACCAAGUGCUCAGUUUAACCCGGCUGAUGGUCCGGAUAGAAACAAUGGAGCAGAAGUUGACCUGCCUCAAGAUCAUACAGAACACACAUUCGCAAAGUUGCUUGAAGUCCUUUCUGGAGUAUCAUGGAUUGUCUCUUCUAUGGAUCUGGAUGACCGAACUUGGUGAUAGCCGAGGGAAUUCCAGCAAUAAUAUUAAGCUUCAAACUGAAAUCAUGAAGACUCUAGAGCUGUUACCAAUUCCCACAAAGAACAUGCUUGAGGAAAGCAAGCUCCUGCCCAUCAUUCAGCGUUGGGCCCAGACAAAGGCAUCGGCUCCCCACGUCAGUGAGGCAGAUGGGUAUUCAAGUGAAAACACCUCCCGUGCACAAACACCACUGAAUACCCAGGAUCCCGGGCUGAAGCAGAGUGGCGAGGCUGAUAGCGACACCCCGAAAAAACUGGUGAUGCGGAGACUGAAGAUCAUGAGCGAGAACAGCAUGGACAGCGGGUUGUCAGACACGAGCAAAGCCUCCGAUGGGGAGAUUGAGGUCAAAGAGGCAAAGGAUGAGGUUGUCACAACGGUUGAGCCGUUGUCGUGUCUCCCCGCAGACGAGGAGGAGCUGCAUAGCGAGGUGCCAGGUGACGAUGCGGAGCCCCAAGAUUCCCAGGACCCCGCAUUGAAGGCAACCAAUGGGGCGAAGCUGGACGAGGGAGCCUUGGUGGAGACACCAUCACAGGAUGAAGAGGAAGGUGUGUCAGAUGUAGAGAGUGAACGAAGCCAAGAGCAGUCCUGCAAAAUUGAAGAUGUAAGCGAGUUGGCAAUGAAGUUACUCGAUGUCUGGAAAGACCUGAAGGAGGUGUAUAGAAUUCCCAAGAAGGACCGAAGCCAAGCAGAACGAGAAAGUACUGAGCGGGGCAGGGAUGGAACAUUACAAAAGGAUGCCUCCCAGGUUCCAAAAACUCCAGUGAACUCGGGCAAAGAGAAGGACACGGACAAAUCACUCAGCAAAGAUCGGAAGAAGCGCAGGCCAACGACCUCCCCUCCUCCCUCUGCCUAUGAAAGAGAAGGACUGAAGAGAUCAGUUCCAGAUGAGAGGUAUGAUGGUGCAACACCAGCUAAGAAGAAGAAAACCAGGAGUAAACUUUCCACUGAGGAACGGAGGAAACUCUUUGAGCAAGAGGUGGCUCAGAGGGAAGCCCAGAAACAGAACCUGUACCUGGUACAGCAGCAGCAGCAGCAGCAGAUACAACCAAUUUGUGUCAGCUCACAGGUGCCUUAUGACAGUGGAACCUAUACCAACUCUCACCAGAACUUUGCCAGUUACCCGCCAGGCUACCCUCUGCAGACUUAUGUUGACCCAGUCAACCCCAACGCUGGCAAAGUACUCCUCCCAACACCAAACGUAGAGCCCAUGUGCCCGCCACAGAUGAGCUAUGAGCAUCCACAGCCAAUAUUGGGAGAAUCCAUGCCAACAGGACACCCUGCAGUCCAGCACCUGUCUCCCCAGGUAGAUGUCCAAGGCCAGCAGUACCUGGCUCAGACUCCCAGCGUUAUUUCGCAGGAUCCAAGCGUAGCAGUAAUACAAGUGUCGGGCACUCAAGCAACAGGGCAGAGCUAUGGGGUGUGGGAUCCCAAUCAGCAGACUCUAGCAGUGCACCAGCAGUAUGCCAGUGGGCAGUCGCAGACACCAAUUUAUUAUCAAGGACAGCCAUGUCAGACCGUCUACAGCAUAUCCUCUCCCUAUGGACAAGCUACGCAACAAAUUGUCCAGAGUUACACUCAGUCAAGUCCUGAAUGUGCGCAGGGGCAGCAGUGUUUCCUGACUCACCCACAGAGUUCUGUCACACAGCCAGCGACGGGAAUGCUCGUGACAUCAUCAGCCCCAUCUUACCAGCAGCCUGGGCAGCCACAGACUGUACAGCAGCAGGAGUUGAUAAUCGUCAACAACCUUCUCGAUUUGCCACCUCCUUCACCCCCAAAGCCAAAGACCAUCGUGCUCCCUACCAACUGGAAGACGGCACGGGAUCCUGAGGGAAAGAUUUAUUAUUACCACGUGAUAACCAGGCAAACACAAUGGGACCCGCCGUUAUGGGAUGGAGGCAGCGAUGACAUGAGCGUGGGUCACGAAGCCGAAAUGGAUCUGGGAACGCCCACGUAUGAUGAACAUCCAGCUAAGGAUCCAAUGCUCACUGAUCGACAUGGACCAGAUGGUAGUGGAGAUGGGACGCCCAACUCAUACAGCCAGUCUUCCAAGAAAAAGCCGAAAACUGCAGAGGCUGACACUUCAAGUGAGCUUGCCAAGAGGAGUAAAGAGAUGUUCAGGAAGGAGAUCUCCCAGUUCAUCGUUCUGUGCCUGAAUCCCUACCGGAAACCUGACUGUAAAUUAGGAAGAAUUGUAGCAACAGAGGACUUUAAACAUCUGGCUCGGAAGUUGACUCAUGGUGUCAUGAACAAGGAGCUGAAACAAUGCAAGAAUCCUGAGGACCUGGAGUGCAAUGAAAAUGUGAAGCAUAAAACCAAGGAAUACAUCAAGAAGUACAUGCAGAAAUUUGGCGCUGUUUACAAGCCUAAAGAAGAACCGGACGUUGAUUGAAUAAUAAAUCCCUCCCUGUUCCCCCUCCCACAAGCCUGUCUCGCCCUUGAGCAAAAACCAUGUGGAUCUAUAACUAGCUUCUCAAUCUCCUUAUAGCUAUCUGUAUUAUACUGUUUUAAUGCAUAUGUGAAUAUAUUGAGAAAGCAAUGAAACCACUUCUAGUUAACUUUACCCCAUUCACUUUGAUAAUUACAUUUUUGAGGGGGAUAGGUUGUGGGGUUGUGGUGGAUUCAUCAUUCUCCCUCUUUUACUGUGUAAAUACUAUAAUAUUGGUUAGAUAUCAACUCGGUCUGACUGUAUAUCACCGACAGUCAGCAAAAAACUGUCGUACUUUAAAAAAGAAUCAUUUUACUGUAUUAAAUUUUUACGGACUUUUUUAUGUAAAGAAAAUGUUUAAAAAAACUUUUUUUGCUUACAAUUUAAUGUCUGCAAAAAGAGAAUUGUGACAAUAAGUGUUUUGGAAAAAAGUUUUAAAACUGUUUUUGUUUUUUUAAAAAAACUUGUACAAAACGAUCUGUGACUAGUACUGACUUAAAGGUUGCUGUUUUUUCGUUUGGAUAGCAGACAGUGGUGUUAAUUCACUAAGUAAAGAAAAACUUUAGUGUCUGGUUAAACAACAAAAAAAAUGAAUUUUAAUUGGGAUCACCCUUUCUCUUCCCAUCCCCUUUCAAAAACUGCAGUGAAAGGCCAGGCCAGAAAAGUUAAGGCUCCCCACCUCCCCCCCUUCUUCUUCCCCUGCCCCCCCCCCCCCCAUCUCUGGUUUGGAGUUGGUGAGGAGCUUGUUGGUGUUAAAAGACUAUACUUUUGAUUGGAGUUGGGAAAUGACAAACGCUUGAGCAGGCUUCUGGCUCUCAGUGACUAUCUUGUGCACCCACCUUCCUUUCCCCUCCCUUCUCCCACCUUCAGCAAGAAAGGGAUUGUGUGAGAAUAGGAAUAUGCCCCUUCAUCAUGCCACCCUACAGUUGAAUAGGCUGUCAGCACUGACAAUCCAGAUUCGCACAUAUGAAUGGCCCCUUGAGGCAGCACCUGAGCAGCCAUAUCUCUUUAUUGGGACACAAGAAACCUUCCUUAAAUUGAAGCAAUUUUUGGAAGGGAUGGUGGGAACAGGAAAGAAGGUGCCAUCAACAGAAAAUUUAUUUUAAGAAGGCACAAUUUACUGACUUGGCUUGCUCCCCAAAAAUGUGCGGUGUCAUUGUUUUGAGCACUACAGUUGGUGUUGGCAUAACUGAAUUAGCAAGAAUUUACGGAAUCUUUUUCCCCCACCCCCACUCCCUGCCACUACCAACCUAGGCAAUUGCCACAUCCACAUUCAGCGGACCGAACUUUCAACUCUUGUGGGAGCCAUAACAGAUUUGUUGCUCAUUCAUAGCCUUCUCUGUCAUAGUUGAUGGUAGGGGGUAUAUAAUGAGUAGCUGAGCCUUACUACCCAUCACUGUUCCCCUCAAUGUAACAGUUUCAAGUUCAGCCCAACAUUCAUUAGCCUCAACCAUGUGUAGCGUGAGCCAAUAUGCUAUUUAAAAGAAAUGUUUGAUUUACCUAGGAUUUUUUAAUUAUUAAUUAAAUUAAAACCCCUGACUGAGGAAGGGUGGGGGUAGCAGGAUAGAUACAUUAAUUAUUUAGUGGCUGGUAGUAAAAGCUUGAAGAAAAUCUCCAGUUUGAAAAGCAAUUUGAUUCUGUACUAUAGACAAUGAUUUUUUUUUAAAUAGAACAACAGUUCCCCGAGUAUUUCUGAAAUGGUUAAGCAGCUGUGGAGACAUGCUGACACCUAGGAAGGACUGCUGCUGAAUGUUCUCACUGUCUCACUCACUCUCUGACUUUCUGGAAAAUGGUUUCAGUGGGUGCUCUCUGCUUAAGUGGCUUGUGCGUUUGUAAUUUUACAACUUGCAGAGAUUUCACUUGGUGCUAGGAGCUGGAAAUUUGCAGGGAUGAAUGUCAUGUAUUUUUAAAAGUAAAAAAAAUAUACAUUGUUUGAAAUCUG